AUGGUGAAAGGAAAUAAAGUAGUUUCAAAGAAGAACGCACCAACAGUUGAUGAUGAAUCUUCAACUGAAGAAGAAAAUCCAUCAGUUGCAGUAGAAGAAAUUCAAAAAUCAACAUCACCAACAACGAAAUCAAAGUCAGCAUUAAAAAAUUUAACACCAAUUUCAUCCCCAACUACAUCAGUUGCAUCAGAAGAAAUUCGAAAAUCAACAGGACCAAAGACGAGAUCUAAGAGAGGAUUAGAAGAUUCAACAUCAAUUUCAAAAGCUGAAGAUAAAGAGGAGGAAAACUCAGAAAAGAAAAAGGAGAAGAAGAGAGAUGUGUGGUUUAAGAGUCCAGAAUCAAUCUUUAAGAUUGUGAACCAGUUCUGCCAUGAUAAUUCAGGGAGAAAUGUCUUUGUUUUCAAUACUGCCGAGGAGAAAAAGUUUGUGGAGGUAGAAAGUAUGCCUGAAGAUUUGUUCUUAAUUUUUGAAUUAAGAAUAGUGGCAUCAGAACCUGUGGAAGGAGAAUGUACCAAAACUAGAGCUGAGAAGAGAUACGGUUCACUAAUAAACCGAAUGAAACUGAAGGAUCAAUCUAGGUUGGGAAAACUAGAUGUGAAAAAUGAAAUCUUGCGUAUAAUGAAGUUAAAACCAACGUUGGAUAUGGAGAUUGAGAGAAAUGUCGAAGACUUGUAUUGGUUUGCUGAACACAACAACAUCAUGACGCCAAGCAAUGAACAAGGUUUUCCUAGGUUUCUAAGGUGGGUAAUAAGUGACAUCAGCAACACAAUAGAGAAAGACAUUAAUGAAGCUAUGAAAAAGAUGCAACUCGGAUGGGUAAAAGCUUGCAGUGAUGAACAACAACAAAUAAUGGAAGAGUACAGAAAGAAUAGGCAAGAAAAUAACAGAGAUACACUGAAAGAAAAGCUGUACAAAGCACUACACCAAAGAGAUGAAGCAUUGGAAGCGCCUUCUGACUUGAAGGUUAAACAUUUGAAGCUUGUUAGCUUCAUUGAAGAAAAAAGCAAAAAACUUUAUGAAGCUGAUCCAAGGAAUGUGCAAGAUGAUAAGGAUCUUGUUGAUUUUUUUGUUGACUCCUUGCAAGAAAUCAUUUCAUUUAACAAAUCAUUAAAAAGUGAGGAUGAACGUGAUGAUGAUGAGCAGGAGGAGGAGGAAGGUGGUGAUAUUCAUGAUGUUGAUGAGGAGCAGGAUGAGGAGGAUGGUGGUGUCAAAGGUGGUGAUAUGCAUGAUGAUGAUGAGGAGCAGGAUGAGGAGGUUGGUGGUGGCAAAGGUGGUGAUAUGCAUGAUGAUGAUGAGGAGCAGGAUGAGAAGGAUGGUGGUGGCAAAGGUGGUGAUAUGCAUGAUGAUGAUGACGAAGGUGGAAAAGGUGGUGAUGACGAGGGUGGAAAAUCUGAAAACAAUGAAGUUCCGUCUGAAACUUCUGAAAAGCAAAGCACUCCUCUGUCAAAGACAAAUGAAGAGAAGGAUGGCAAGGAUGAAACAAGGCAAGGUAUUGAUUCUGAAACUGCUAAGAAGCCUAGCACUUCUCCGCCAGAGGCAGCUGCAUAUCAAGAAGACCAGGAUGCCACUCAAACAGCUGAAAUUGAUGAGGCUAUGAUAAUCGCAGUUCAAGCCAUAUCUCAGUUGGACCCUAAAGGCAUGUUGCCGGUUGAAAAAGAUGUGCUUUUACUCACACAGGGAGAAGAUGAAUAG